UCCUAGAGGAUCUGAGGAUUGUCCCCCCAUGUGCCUGUGGUCACACUGAUGUCCCCAUGUCCCCUUCGUGGUGUCCCCAGAGCCUUCUGGUGCUGCUCGACCUGCUGGGCGCACAGAACCCCGCCAUCCACAGCCACUUCCCCCAAACCCACCACUGGUUCCUGCGCCUCGUGGCCAUCGAGAAGCGUCUGCGGCGCCUGGGGCUGCUCCACGCCUCCCCCCACGACCAACCCUUCUUCAGGCUCAGCCCGGCCCCGGGGCCAGUGGAGGACGACCACGUCCCCUUCCUGCAGCGUGGUGUCCCCGUGCUGCACCUCAUCCCCCUGCCCUUCCCGUGGGUCUGGCACACGGCCGAGGACAACGAGGGCAACCUGCACCCACCCACCAUGGAGGACCUCUGCAAGAUCCUCACUGCCUUCGUGGCUGAAUUCCUGCAGCUCUGAGCCCCCCGUGUCACACGUUGUCCCCCCCCUUGUCACCCCCGGUCUGAGCCAGCCGGGGUGCUGGGACGACCCCUGGUUGUGCUGGGAGCCACCAAUAAAGUCUGUGGGGUCUGG